CGAAAGGUCUGGAGCCCAAUGCCAGGAUAAUUCCCGCUUAGGUAACGAUUCCAUCUAUACACAAGACACGAUUGUGAAGGGGUCACUCAUUAAAGAGGGCAUCAGACACGAUAUGAACGCUCUGGGCUGUUUACCUCAUGAUGUCAGUUACACUGGGCACGAUGAGAGGUCUAGUUUGGCCGAGAUGGACUUCACCAACAGGUUCAAUACGUGCCCGGCUAACGAAACUGUGGGGAACUUGCCGUGUGAUGACAUUAUUAGAGGCGGCAGUUGCCAGACACCAAUAGAGUCAGACCCCGGCUUCACAUUUCAGCUUGAUGUCUUUGGCGUCUGCUUCAAUGUCACUGUCAUUGAGGUCAAUGGAGAAAAGAUAGACUACAUCGAGAUGUUCGAGAAGUUGAAUAUUUUUGUUCUCCCCGACACAACAACCAACAAGACCGAGAUCUCUGAAAGUGGUAAGAUUAAAAUCAACUUCCCGUCCAAUUUUGUCGCUGAAAUUAGCGAAAACAAUUCUCGGCUGAUCAACGUCACGGCGGUUACACUCACCGGAAAGUGCCAGGAGUUCGGUAUCCGUCGGAAAGUUGGUUAUUCAGUAGGGUUUUACGUGGGAUUCAACCAACAAUUACAGAGAGGUGCCGUCCAUGUUCUACCAGCACCUGCAGGAUAA